AUGAGCGACAGAAGGGCUCCACACGUGGAAAGGCCGCGCCUGACGGGCGCUCUGGUUUGCGGAUCUCGCAGAACACGGAGCCGUGGAGCGCGGAGCGCCGUUGUUUUCGAACUAAUACGUCUCAUGGCCGAUAGACCGCUGGAAAUAGGCUAUCUUGGAAAAGUCCUACUUCGACGAGAAACGAAGAGAAGAAGGAAGUCAAAUCGUCCGCUGGAAAGACGACCUUCCAAAAAUGCCGGCCCAGUUCGUGCCAGGGUAGCGAUCUGUCUGUCUUGUACAAGAUGUUAA